AUGAAAAUAUCUGAAGAGAUUAAAGAUUUGUGGUACACUAAAUAUUCAACUUUAACAUCUUCUGAACUCAAGAACAAAAAUGGUAUUGAAGUAUACUUCCAAACCUGUCCAGAUGUUUAUCCAAUAAUAUCUAAGCUCCUUCAAAUAUUCAUUACACUUCCAGUAUCUACUGCCACGGGAAAACGAUCGUUUUCAACACUCCGUCGCGGUCGUUUGAAAACUUAUUUGAGAAAUUCUACUGGACAAAUACGUUUAAAUGGUUUAGCCUUACUUAAUAUUCAUCGUGAUAUUAACGUGGAUAUUAAUGAUGUUCUAGAUGAACUUGCUAAAAAAUCGAAACGAAAAUUGAAUAUAAAUUUAUAG